AAACACAAAUCUCUUAGAAAAUUCAUUUAUAAGGACCCUUGGCCGUUGCCACCGCAAAUCUCAAAGUUUCCUCUUCUUCACCUUUUAGAUAUUUAAAUUACAAAACAGGUUUCAAGUUCAAAUUAAAGUCUCAACUUAAGUGUGAGUGGCAGGCUUAGCAGAACGUUUCGUUCGGACAGCGAAUCUCAGAUCCCCAACACAGCAGUUUCUCUUUCAAAAUGGAAGUUUAGUGCUUCAAACAGCUUAAGAAGAUGGCUACUUCUAUUUUACUGAGUCAACUCAUUCUCCUUCUCUUCCUCCCUUGCUUUGCAGCCCCGUCAUCUGCGAUUACUACCAAACGACAGCCUGGGUUUCUCUACUCUAGAACCAGUUCGGGGAGAUGCACUCCUCAGUUCUGGAGCAGCGGGAGAGAGGCGUGGCCAAGGAUGAUCCCACAGACAUCGACAGUAUUGAACGUGUUCGGGUCGAGAGCGUUUGAACGGUACAGACCUGAUAUGACAUUGUUGGAAUCAACGGCUAUGAAUAAAGAUUCGAACGUGUUCGAUGAAUUGCUGGAGCAGGCGAGCGCUGCCUUGCUCAACUCGUAUGCCCGGAAAGGGUUUCCUUACUCGGCUUGGGAAGUGAAGACACUGAUGAUUCAAGGGUUGGUGUCGGAGGAUGCUGCAGCCCGCCUAACCAAACAAUUUUCUGUUGCUAAUGAUGCUUGUUAUUAGUACUAGUAUCCAGUAGUGUUUAUCAACACCAUUCACAUAGUCAGAUUCAUAAAAGUUAUAUUUGGGAAUGGCUAUUAAAAUUAUAAUAAAAAUAAUAAGAAAAGUAAUGGAGAGGACUUUUUUUAAAUAAAAAAUAACAAAAAAAAAGGCUAAUUUCUUGGCUAGAAAUCAAUUCACAAUCUAUGGGGAAUGGGUUAAUUUGAUAUUUAAUUCUUGAGGAAUGCUACGGACAAUGUUCUUAGCAGAUGCUUUUCAACACUCGAAAUCUUAUAAAGCUACUUCAUUCCGAUUUUUGAAUUUAAAAUUUGUCACCGUCUGUAUCGGUAAAUAUUUUUGUCCCAAUUUUCAGAUACUUUAUAAUCUCUAUUGUUGUGUGAAUUUUUCUUUCAUGAAAAGAGUGUAGUAUUAGUGGAGCUUUUUUUCUUUUUUUUUUUCUUUUA